CCUCGGCCCCGGAGACGGCGCGCCCGGUGACUCCCGACGCCGCGCCUCCGCCCUUACCUUCAUUCAAGAUGAAUAGCGAUCAAGUUACACUAGUUGGUCAAGUGUUUGAGUCAUAUGUCUCAGAAUACCAUAAGAACGACAUUCUUCUAAUCUUGAAGGAAAAAGAUGAAGAUGCUCAUUAUUCAGUUGUGGUUAAUGCCAUGACCCUUUUUGAGACCAACAUGGAAAUUGGGGAAUAUUUCAAUGCAUGCCCCAAUGAAGUACUCACUAUUUUUGAUAGUGCUCUUCAAAGAUCAGCCUUGACACUUCUCCAGUCUCUUUCUCAGCCUGAGGAUUUCUCCUUGAAACAGAAUCUUCAUGCCAGGAUAUCAGGUUUGCCUGUCUGUCCUGAGCUGGUGAGGGAGCACAUCCCUAAAACCAAGGAUGUAGGACACUUUUUAUCUGUCACUGGGACAGUGAUUCAAACAAGUCUGGUGAAGGUCCUGGAGUUUGAGCGGGAUUAUAUGUGCAACAAAUGCAAGCAUGUAUUUGUGGUCAAGGCUGACUUUGAGCAGUAUUAUACUUUCUGCCGACCAUCUUCAUGUCCCAGCUUGGAGAGCUGUGAUUCUUCAAAAUUUACUUGCCUCUCAGGCUUGUCUUCAUCUGCAACCAAGUGUAGAGAUUACCAGGAAAUCAAAAUUCAGGAACAGGUUCAGAGGCUAUCUGUUGGAAGUAUUCCACGAUCUAUGAAAGUUAUCCUAGAAGAUGACUUAGUAGACAAUUGCAAAUCUGGCGAUGACCUCACUAUUUAUGGAGUGGUAAUGCAACGUUGGAAACCCUUUCAGCAAGAUGUGCGCUGUGAAGUGGAGAUAGUCCUGAAAGCCAAUUAUAUCCAAGUAAAUAAUGAACAGUCUGCAGGGAUCAUCAUGGAUGAAGAGGUCCGAAAGGAAUUUGAAGAUUUUUGGGAAUACUAUAAGAGUGAUCCCUUUGCAGGAAGAAAUGAAAUAUUGGCCAGUUUGUGCCCUCAAGUUUUUGGGAUGUAUCUAGUAAAGCUUGCUGUGGCCAUGGUGCUGGCUGGUGGGAUUCAAAGGACAGAUGCUACAGGAACACGGGUCAGAGGCGAAUCUCAUCUUUUAUUGGUUGGGGAUCCUGGCACAGGGAAAUCUCAAUUCCUCAAAUAUGCGGCAAAGAUUACACCAAGGUCUGUGCUUACCACAGGAAUUGGAUCUACUAGUGCAGGUCUGACAGUAACUGCUGUAAAAGACUCAGGAGAAUGGAAUUUGGAGGCUGGAGCAUUAGUACUUGCAGAUGCAGGCCUUUGCUGUAUCGAUGAGUUUAACAGCCUCAAAGAACAUGAUAGAACCAGUAUCCAUGAAGCAAUGGAGCAGCAAACCAUAAGUGUUGCUAAGGCUGGCCUCGUGUGCAAGCUAAACACAAGGACCACCAUCCUCGCAGCAACUAAUCCCAAAGGCCAGUAUGACCCUCAUGAGUCCGUGUCAGUGAACAUCGCCCUUGGCAGCCCACUCUUAAGUCGAUUUGACCUAAUACUGGUUUUGCUUGAUACCAAGAAUGAAGACUGGGAUCGUGUCAUUUCCUCCUUCAUCUUAGAAAAUAAAGGUUACCCAAGCAAAUCAGAGAAGCUCUGGAGCAUGGAAAAGAUGAAAACCUACUUCUGCUUCAUUAGGAAUCUGCAGCCCAAGUUAUCUGACGUGGGAAAUCAAGUUCUUCUUCGCUACUAUCAGAUGCAAAGGCAGAGUGAUUCUCGGAAUGCUGCCCGCACAACCAUCCGCCUGUUGGAAAGCUUGAUCCGAUUAGCAGAAGCUCAUGCUCGCCUGAUGUUUCGUGACACUGUGACUCUGGAAGAUGCUAUUACAGUGGUGUCAGUAAUGGAAUCUUCAAUGCAGGGAGGUGCACUGCUAGGAGGUGUGAAUGCACUCCACACUUCCUUUCCAGAAAAUCCUCUGGAGCAGUACCAAAGACAGUGUGAACUUAUUCUGGAAAAGCUGGAGCUGACCAACCUCUUGAAUGAAGAGCUAACAAGACUUGAAAGGUUACAAAAUCAGAGUGCAUACCGAUCCCAAUCCCUAUCAUGGACUCGGGAGGCAGAAUCUACUCCAGGAUUCUUGAGAAAUGAUCCAGGGGGAGAACGCAAUUUCAGAACUUCAACGCAAAAAGAAUUGAACAGCAGCAUACAUGCCUCCCCCACUGGAGGCACUCCUAAGGGAAGCCCCCAACACAGCCCCCCAUCCCAUCUGGGACCUAAUACAUCAAGUGGAAAACAUUCAGCUGAGCACAAAAAUAGUAGAGAUGACAGUUUGGACUGGUUUGACUCCAUGGCAACUCAUCAGAUGGAACCUAACAACACUGUUCAUGUGUCUCCUGGUCCCAAAACAACUGAGAAAAAAAUGGCUUUGAAAAUCUCCAGCAACAAAUCUCAGGGUAAGGAAAGGAAUAAGCCAGGCCAAAGAAACCAGUUGGAAAUUGGACAGAUUCCAGCACCAGGAGGGACAGAGACUCCUUUGAGGGCAGACAAUAUUGAGGGUAAGAAGGCAGAAAAGGCAGCAAUAAUUUCUGAAGCAGCAGUAUCUGCUGAUGAACCAGACUCACUACUGACUUAUCAUGUCCCCAGGAAACUGCACAAACUGCGCAAGGGGAGGGCCCAGGAGUUGUGCAGAAAGUCCACCGGGGUGCCCAUGCCCACUCGCCCUUCUCCUCCUCAGUCCAUUCCUUUACAAAAUCCAGACAACACCCUGGAAACUCCCAAAAGGAAGAGACACAAACCCCUCAUUCAGGUGGAAGAGCCUGAACUUAAGAGUGUUGAUAGGCCAGUUCCUCCUGUGGCCAAACUGUCAAAAUUUACUUUCAAACAGAAGUCAAAACUGAUCCACUCUCCUGAAGACUCUAGCUCUGUGACUCCUGGCACAACUGAAAUAAUAGUUCAGAGGCCUAAGAUUUCCCAACAUAGAAUGGGAAAAGAAGCAGCCCUGCCUGAGAAUGACCCAGAAAAACUGACCCCUAUCUCAGGAAACAGAAGCUCAGAUCAGCUGCAGAGGAAGACAAAGGAGGCAUCGCAGCAAAUACAGGAGAAAGAUGGACCAAGAGAGAAGAGAGAAUGUGCCCCUGAAAAGAGAGCUAUUCAGCCAAGUGUAGAGCUUGGCAACAAAACUGGGCAUUUUCAUCUUUCUUGUGAAAGAGACAGGAAAGAAGAGGUUUCAUGCAAUAAUAAAAGCACUAAGGUUCAUGCUGGCACAUUAGCCAAAUUGGCAAACUUCUCUUUUACUUCUUCCUCUGAAUCCAAAUCAGAAUCCCCUCCUCCUCCUGAAAGUAAGAACUGGGGUACGAGAGGUCCUAGCCCUUCUCCCGCAAUCACAGCUUCAGUGCUUGGCAGCAAAAGGAAAAGUUUUCAGCUGGAGGGCUUCACUGAGAAAUCGAUUCUUUCAAAAAACUCUCUCUUCGCUUUAGCAGAACUAGAUGAAGAAGCAUUAGACUUUGAUUGGGAUGAAGAAAUGAGAAAAAAACCUUAAUCAUGAAAAACCUUCUGGUCAAAUUUCAACUUACCAACUCAACAGAGCACCUUCUCAGGAUCCACCUGGUAUUUGUAAUGGGCAGACAAUGGGCGAGCACCAUUCUGAAUGCCAACUCCCUCAUCAGGCUUUGUAAUCUCAGCUUUAUCUUUGUCACUUAAAUUGUAUAAUCAGUUUACUUUGGUGUGAUAACAGCACUUGAAUCAAAUUAAUUGACAUUGUGCUUAAUUUUGCAAAUGGAGUGCUUAUCGUCCCAAAGAUGUUCCGGUUUCAGUUUGAUUUAUUUUUAAGGUGAAGGAUCUUCCCUAAACCCAAUCUCUCAUUCACUCCAUAGCAAAUUCAGGAAGAUAGUGCUCAUAACACUAACAAAGCAGAUGAACUAUGUUUUUUUUUUUCCCUCCCAACAUUUACUGAGUAUGGUGAAUAUUAUUGUGAUUGCCAAAAUCAUGUUAUCUUUCUAAUAAUUUUUAAAAAUUGAUUCCCAUGACUGAUGCUUUUCUUUCCUUGAGAGACAGCUUGACAGUUCCAUGGUAUUCCUAAAGAUCUGGCACAUGGCCAAAUAGUAGCUUUCUGCAGUACUGAUCUUUUGGGUUUUCCUUUCUUUCUCAAGCCAACCUGGGGUACUUUAGAUUCUUUUAUUUCUUAGGGACCUACCUUCAAACAGAACCUAAUUCCUGUGGUUGCAUAGAAAGACAGUGUGCAGUAAGCAGCCUCAAUCAUAAUAUGGCAUCUACCCAUGUGGUUAAUAUAGAAAUGUGACUCUUACUAAAUUAUGACUCAUUUGUCUGAAAACCAAACAAAUGAAUUGGUAUGACUCAUUUGUCUUUAAAACCAAGUAAAUGACUAUAUUUAGUAGGAAUAGACAACUCAAACUUGUCUUUCUUAAGCGUUUUUAAAAUUAUUUUUUCCUUUGUGUUCUAGCAAGGGUUGUUAGAAUUCCAUAAGUAGAGUCUUUCUCUUCAAAAGUAUAAAUUUGAGAAAUAAUAAUUGAUUGAUUCUUUAACUGUCUGAGGGACUUUUGGACAAAAGUAUUCAAAAUUAUAUAUACUUUAAUAUUCACGUCAUUAAAUUUAAUACAGAAAAAAAUUUAGGAAUCCCAUUUUUUCUUGAGCAGUUUAAUAUUCCAAAAUUUACUAAUUUAAGUUUCUGAAAAAUUUUAAACUGUGAGUUCAAAUUUAGUAUGGAUGAGUCCUUUGUAAUCUUCAGACAUCUUAAGCAGCUAAUAAAAUAUAUAUAUACAAGCAAUGAUUAUAAAACAUUAUUAUACAUUCACUUAAACCAAUUGUAAAACAUCAAGACUGUGGUUUAAGCAAUUUCUUAAUUAUUUUUGAACUUAAUUUUCUGAUGUAGUAGGAAUGCUUAACUUGAAAUAUUCCUAAUCUGUCCAACUAGUACUUUCCUGGGUUUCAGUAUUAUUGCUAAAUCUAAGAAAAAGGAAAGAAUCUAGAUUAUGUAACAUUGAACCUGGUCUGGAUGGUAUGGUUGUACAGAGUAGGGUAAUUCAAACCUGAGUCACAGCAUUAAGCUGACCUUUGUCAUGGUAAACUAAAUCCCUUUCUCAUAGAAUUUUGUCUUUGAAACUUGGUAUUUUUGCAGAAAUGAUAUAUAAACUUGGCAUAGCUGGCAGUAUUAUUAUGAUCUGUUUUCAUCACCUUAUUGGAAAUACUGAUUCUAGAGCUUCCGUUUCUUAGUAAUGAGAGAUUACUACAUUUUUGUAGUUAACUAGUUAUCUCUGGGAUACUGAGUAAUUCAUAUUUUAAAAUAUAGUGUUGAAUUGUCUUUGUUAGUUAUUAUGUAUGACCAUCUGUGCCACCUUCUAUGUGGUCUUAAUUUGUAGUCACCAGACAUCCAUUGUUUUUGCGAGUAAAUCCACUCUGUUUCUUAUUUUAGUCUCCUCUGUGAGGAUCAUUUGGUCAACUUUACAAGUUCCAUGUGUUUAUUUUUCUAUGCUAACCCAGACAGAAAUUAACAUAUAUGUAAAUAUUACAACAUGACUAGAAGAAGUGAAAUUCUCAAUAUAAACAUUGCCCUUAUUAAAAAAACUGUCCCAGCCUAUUGUGAUGCUCAGAAUCUAUGGGCUUUUGUGUUGGUAACUAAGAAGUGAUAUUAUAUCGAUGCCAGUGUCCUUUGAGGACUAACAUUUCUAAAUUAUCCAUGCUAUCUGAAAACAAUAGGACGUUCCAAUCCCAUCUUGAUUUUUUUCCUGUCCCAAAACAUAAUAGCACCUAUCUGAUACUGGUUCCUUUAAACAUUUCCUUUGGAGGCCAGUGGUAUUAGAGACCAAACUUGGGGUCUCAGAGGUGCACAGAGAAUCAGCCGUGGGCAGAAGUACUACCACUUUUGUUGGGUCCCCUGUGGUAACUUCAGAGCUGAUGAAUGUUUAGUGUCCUGAGGUCACAUUUUAUUCUACUGCAUUCUACUUUUCUUACCCUAUGUGAUUUCAUGACAACUAAGACUUUCUCUCAUAUGGUCUUUAAGAUGUGUGCCAAAGAAGCACAUAGGUAUCAUGGGAAAAAUAUGUACAGUUUGAAAAUCGUAUUUCUGCUUAAUAAAGGAAAGUGUAAAAAAUACAUUUAAUUCUGAAUGUUUUUAUUUCAGGCCAAUAGACUCCUUGAAAAUAUUUUAAUACUGUAAAACUACUUAGACACAAUAAAAGCUACCUCUUAUUUUGUGAAAGGACUAAACCAGCAUUAUAAUUAUAUAAAAGAAUUGAGUAUAUAUGAUACUUAAAUUUUC